AUGAAGACCCAGUCUGCUAUCAUUCUUGCGCUCAGCGCAACCGUCUCGGCCCACGGUGUGGUGAUCAAGACGACCGGUGCCAACGGCGUUGAGAUGCCCGGCCUUACAAUUGCCGAUGGAACUCCUCGUGACUGCACCAGCAACGGCUGCGGCUCGCAGGCCGACACCGCCAUCAUUCGCGACAGGGAGAUCCGACAGGGCGGAUCACCUCUCGGGCGGACUCAGGGUGGCGGUCCCGUCGACGCCGCUGUCAUGAUCAGGAACUUCAUGGGUCAGGGCUCAGCACCUGCCGGCAACGCCACCGGUGUCGGUGAGGAGGACAACAUCCCAGCAAACGUCGGAGGUGGUGGUGCCAAGGCUGCCGGAGCCAAGGCUGCUGGAGGCAGGGGUGCUGCGAGGUUUUCUGCCGCCAACCGAGGCAGGUUUGUCGCCGUCGAGGAGGAUGAGGAGGCCGAGGACGUCGCGCCCGUCUCGAGCAGCAACUUCGUUGUCCGUCAGCUUGGCAACUUCUUCAAGGGUCUGAGUGGUCUCCAGGGCGGCGGUGGCACCAAGGUUCUGGCCGGCCCUGAGACCAGCGUCAAGGCCAGCGAGGGUGAGGGUAGCAGCUCCGGCCUGCCGACCGUCGGCACCGACGGCAUCAUCAAGAUGACAUUCCGCCAGAUCAACCAGGAUGGCGCAGGUCCCAUGACCGCCGAUGUUGAUGCCACCUCGGGUGGUACCAAGGCCGAUGCUUUCCAGAGGGCCGAGGUCGUCAAGGACGUCCCGGGCAUUGGAUUCCAGGGUCUGAGCCUGGCCACCGCCACCGAGUUCCCGCUCGAGGUCAAGAUGCCCGCCGGUAUGACUUGCGAGGCUACUGUUGCCGGUGUCAACAACGUCUGUAUCGUCCGCGUCCGCAACGGUGCUGCUGCCGGCCCCUUCGGUGGCAGCUGUGCCUUCACCCAGAGCCCUGCCGCCCGCAAGCGUGCCAUCGCCUACAGGCUGCGCAAGCGCAUGUCCCUAAACAACCGCGCCUAA